AUCUUUUCUCUCAUCUCCAUCCUCCUCCAUCAUGGCAACAAACGGCACAACCGACUUCCUCGACGGAGCAGUUCCCGUGGCGGGCGAUGUCAAACCUGAUGGCGGAGCUCCUAAAGUACAGGAGUUCACGGCUCCUGCUGGCUCCGCGAAGAACACGGAGCUGAUUGAGUCGGAUGUUCUCGUCGUCGGAGCUGGGUUCAGCGGCAUCACUGCUAUUGAUCGCUUCCGUAGAAAGGGCAUGACGGUCAAGUGCAUCGAGUCGGGUGACGACUUUGGUGGAGUGUGGUAUUGGAACAGGUAUCCUGGAGCUCGUGUUGAUUCUGAAGCCCCAUUCUACCAACUCAACAUUCCUGAAGUUGUCAAGACAUGGAACUUUUCCGAACGAUUCCCCGAUCACCGAGAACUCCGCCGAUACAUGGCUCACAUCGAUAAGACUCUCGACCUCCGCAAGGACACCUACUUCAACGCUCGUGUGAACGACUGCGCUUGGGACGAGGAGUCCAAGAGAUGGACUGUCAAGACUCUGCAGGGCCACACCGCAAAGGCAAAGUACCUCGUGCUUGCCACUGGUCUGCUGCAUCAGACGUACACUCCUGACUUCCCGGGUUUGAAGGACUACAAGGGUGAGGUGUACCACUCCGGUGCAUGGCCAGAGAACUGGAGUGCCAAGGGCAAGAAGGUUGGUUUGAUCGGGGCGGGUGCCACAGCGGUGCAGAUCACGCAAGAGAUCGGCAAAGAAGCGGACGAGUUGACGGUCUUCCUCCGUCGUCCCAGUUACUGUCUUGCCAUGAAGCAGCGUGACAUGACCGUGGCCGAGCAGAAGCAAUUGAAGCCGUUCUUGCAGGCACUCUUCAAGGCUGGUAGAGAGUCGCGCGCAGGAUUUCCGAAUGCGCCGUUCGACGUUGGUGUGCAGGAUGUGUCGGCGAAGGAGAGAGAGCAGUCGUUCAACGACGCCUGGGAGGCUGGUGGAUUCCAAUUUCAACUGGGCACCUACAAUGACGUCGCUGUCAAUCCGGAGUCGAACAAGAUCAUCUACGACUACUGGCGGAAGCGAGUCUGCGAGAGGUUGACCGAUCCAGAGAAGCAAAAGAUCAUGGCUCCUGAGAAGGCGCCCUACUACUUCGGCACCAAACGCAACCCCCUCGAACAAGACUACUACGAAGUCCUCAACCAAUCCAAUGUCCACCUCCACGACCUCUCCGUCGCCGCUCUCGACACCUUCACCCCCACCGGCCUCCGCACCGCGGACGGCCAAUCCCACGACUUCGACGCCGUCGUCCUCGCCACAGGCUUCGACUCCUUCUCCGGCUCCCUCACCCGCAUGGGCCUCAAAAACUCCGACGGCAUCGACCUGAAAGACAUCUGGAACUCCGGCGUACGCACCUACCUCGGCCUCACCAUGGCCGGGUUCCCCAACUGCUUCAUGGCCUACUCCCCACAAGCGCCCACCGCGCUGUCGAACGGACCGACCAUCAUCGAAGCGCAGGUCGAGUCGAUUGUGGACAUGAUUGUGAAGCUGGAGAGUGAAGGUGCGACGAAGAUUGAGGCUAAGAGAAGCGCGGAGGAAGAGUGGAAGAGUCAUUUGGAUGGCAUGUUGGAUCAUACGCUGUUUCCGUUUACGGAUAGUUGGUGGAAUGGGAGUAAUAUCCCGGGGAAGAAGAAGGAGAAUAUGUCGUAUAUUGGCGGGAUUGAUAAUUAUGAGAAGGAGGUGAGAGGGGCGAUGGAGGGGUGGAGGGGGUUUGAGGUGGUGGUUUAA